AUGCGCCGUGCCGCUGUGUGUGCAGUGCGUUCUAUGCGCACGUUUUCGACAUCGGUCAUUAGGCGACGGAUCGAAGAGAAUAUCACUGGGGACCGUCUUGCUCAGCUUCUACAAGAGCAAGGCACGAAGCCCUUGCUUGUUGACUUUGUCGCUGAAUGGUGUGGACCAUGCAAGAUGCUAAGCCCCAUGCUUCAUAAGCUUGCAAGCACGCCAAGCCUGGUUGGUGGAAAGGAGCUUGAUCUUGUCACCAUUGACGUCGACCAGCAAAUGGAGGCCGCUCAAAAAUACGGCGUACGUUUCUCCCAUUCCCCCCCCCCCUUCUCGUCUAGCUAG